CAUGUGACAGGCAGGCAACCUGGCUGGACCCUAGGUGGGGCCCAUUCCUGCCGGGGCUCCGCCCUCUCCUCUGCUCCCCGCGGGCCCCCAGCCCCCAUCCGGCCUUGCGGGAACCAACUUGUUUUAUCUAAGGCAUUCCAGGCAGGAAGACCCAGCUCCCCUGCCCUGCUGUCCACUGGGCACAACUCUCUCAUUGCCCUAACUGGCUGCAGAGCCAGGGCACCCUGUCUGCCACCAGGAAGCUGCUCCCCCAGCCGGGGGACUCCAGGAAGCCGAGGGCCAAGCCCAGACCCAUCCAAGGGGUGGAGAGGUUAAUCAGUGACAAAGGACAUCGAUCACCCAGGCUCUGGGCUGGGGCGGCCUGAACCCUUCCUCCAGACGGCUCCUGGAUGGCCAGCCCUUAGGCAUCUGGACCAUGGAAUCCUCAGUGAAGUUGCUGGUCUUCCUGUCCUGCCUGGGAGCGGCUGCCCCGCUCUGCCAAAUCUCUCCUGCAAGUAGCAACCUGGUGGGGAGCGUCACCCGGCAGCUCCUGGAAUGGAUGGAGCGGAGAUCCCCUUCGGAGCUGAACCCCAGCAUCUACGUGGGGCUGCGUCUCUCCAACCAGCCAAGCCGCGACCAGGACGACCUCUAUCUCAACAGCCUCAUGGUCCACUACCAGCUGGCUUUCAUUAACCUUGCAGCAGAUCACCAACACGAGCCUUCCAUGGGCCAGCUGGCCUUGUACCUGCUGGCCAUGCGGAGCGGCUGUAAGGAUAUUGGCACCCGGAAAGGAAACGUGCUGGUCACUCAACUCAAGCAUUACCUGGAGGAAGAGAAGCAUCGUAUAGGACACGAGCACAAGGGCCACCCUCUCACCAGCUAUUACCAGUACAGCCUGGCCAUUCUGGCACUGUGCGUCCAUGACAAGAAGGUGCCGGGGCACGUGGUGGAGAAGCUGCUGCACGCGGCAGAGCAUGACGUCUUCCUGCACAGGAGCCAGUACUCUGUGGACACAGCAGCCAUGGCGAGUCUGGCCUUCUCCUGCCUGCAGGCCUCUGGCCUGAACCCAGGCCUGGAACCUUGGAUCUCCAGGGCCUUAAAGCACGUGAGGGACAAAAUUCUCCAAGAAGAAACCCCAGAAGGUUACUUUGGAAACAUAUACAGCAGCCCUCUGGCCCUACAGGCCCUGAUGGAAGCCCCUUCGCCGGAGUCAGAGCUGGCCUGCCUCCGAGCUGGGAACGCUCUUAUGAAGGGCCUCGAAGAAGGGGCCUUCCAGAACCCCAUCCCCCUGUCCCAGCUGCUGCCCAUCCUGCACCAGCGGACCUACCUCAGCCUCAUGCAACUGGACUGCAAUGACGAAAGAGGUCUCCUGGAAGCAGAUAUCACCACCAUCCCGCUGACUCGGAAGCCACAGAACAUUGAGGUCAGGCUGAGAGUCCAGAUAGAUCCCCAGUUCAGGUUCCUUCAUGACCAGCAGUACCUUGUACCUGAGGGAGCCACACUGCAGGAUGUCCUGAUCAAGGCCCAGGAGGAGGGCUGGUUCACGUACGAAACUGAGACCACCUUGUCUGGUCCCUUGGUGACCUCGGUGAUGGGCAUAAGCCCCGGAGAACGGCAAUACUGGCAGCUCCUCCAGGCCCCAGACACGCCCCUGCUGCAAGGUAUUGCCGACUACAGGCCCCAGGACGGAGAGACCAUCCUUCUGAGCCUGGCCAGCUGGUAGGGAGGGCCACUCCAUCAUCCCAAGGCUCCGUCAUCCAGAGACCUAGCCUCUGCUACCUUAUGAGCAGGAGAGAGUGGGGAGGGAGAGACCCUUUCCAGAGCCCCUUAUCAUCCCCCCACAACCAGCUAAGGACCAAUGAUGUCAAACCCUGAGGUCUGACAGUGACCACAGAAGGCCUUCCCCUCUGCAAAGGAAACAGGAAUCCCCGCCCCCAGCCCCUUUGCCUAGCUGCCCCUCUGUCCCUAAAACCCCUCCAGAUCCAGAGACAUCCCCCCACCUGGGACCUCCCAUCUGGAGACGUCAGUGUGUCUGCAAAACUAAGGUCCCUGGGCCCCUGCCCUGCCAACAUCCCACCUCCUAUGGCAGUGUAGGGUUCACCAGGUAGAAAAUCCGGUGAGAAUCAUGUUGUAACAACCUUAGAGAUCCAGCUCAGCCCCUCAGGUUACUGAGGAGGAAACUGAGAACAAGCAAGGAAAGGUCACCGGGUGGGGGUAGGAGAUGGAGUCUUUGGACUCUCAAUCCAGUGCUCUGCUUACUAUUCUGGGCUGCACAUCUUAUGGGCCUUACUCCACAGAUGAGGAAACUGAGGCUCCAAAAGAAGAACCAAUUUGUCCAGGAUUCCCUAGGCAAUUUUUUUUGCCUUAUUUUGUUCUGUUUCGGUGAGGCAAUUGGGCUUGAGUGACUUGCCCAGAGUCACACAGCUAG